UGACGAGCAUUAUUAGCAGACUUUUUUUUUGGCACAGACAUAUUUCAAGAAAAUUGGGAAGAUAUUAUUUUACUCUGCAGGCAAAAAAAUAAAGAAAAGUUAUUAAAAAAUUGAGGAAAAUGUACCCAGCAAACUUUGCCACAUGUUGGUGAUACAAAACAGUGUGGAAAUUCUCUCUUUGUCAACGUGAAAGAGGCGAGAAGUCAAAAGGUCGCAACGAAGAAAAUUUCUCCACACGAAAUCAUUGUCAGCUGCGUGCAGUCAAUAUACCAAACACGUUAAUUUUUGUUUAAACAAAACGGAAAAAAGUUGUAAUUUGUGGGAAUCGGACAUAUAAAAAGGCUCCAAAAUGAUGGAUGUCUCCCAGCCCCCGCCUCAGUUGACGGCGCCCUCACAUUUAGCCACCAACAUCAGUGUACCACCUCCCAUGCCAGGUUCACAUGGCCACUAUCGACCUCACUAUCAUCACGGACAUCAUGGUAAUCCCAAUAAACCCUAUUUUAAAUCGUUUGGAGGCGGUGGCUUUCAGCGGCCACAUCAAAUGACCCAAGACGAUUUCGAUGGCAAACGUUUGCGUAAAAGUGUUAUGCGUAAGACUGUUGAUUACAAUGCCUCCAUUGUCAAGAAAUUGGAUGCACGCCUCUGGCAGCGAGACCAUAGAGAUCGCUUUGCAUUGCAACCGGAAAGUAUAUACGUACCGGAAUUACUACCACCUUCCAGUUAUCUGGAUAAUCCCUCCAAUGCUGUAACCACAAGAUUUGUCAAGACUGCCACAAAUAAAAUGAGAUGUCCCAUAUUUACAUUGGCAUGGACACCAGAAGGUCGCCGUUUAGUUACCGGUGCCAGUUCGGGUGAAUUUACCCUAUGGAAUGGUUUAACAUUUAAUUUUGAGACUAUUUUACAAGCCCACGACACAUCGGUGCGAACAAUGGUAUGGUCUCACAACGACAGCUGGAUGGUGACCGGUGAUCAUGCAGGCUAUGUCAAAUACUGGCAAUCAAAUAUGAACAAUGUGAAAAUGUUCCAGGCCCACAAGGAAGCAAUUAGGGGAAUAAGCUUCAGUCCGACGGAUAGUAAAUUUGUGAGCUGUAGUGAUGAUGGUACACUGCGUAUUUUUGAUUUUCUACGAUGCCAAGAGGAGAAAGUUUUAAGGGGUCAUGGUGCCGAUGUCAAGUGUGUCCAUUGGCAUCCACAAAAAGGUCUGAUUGUGUCCGGCAGUAAAGAUAAUCAGCAACCGAUAAAGUUAUGGGAUCCCAAAAGUGGUACAGCUUUGGCUACGCUGCAUGCCCACAAAUCGACUGUGAUGGACUUGAAAUGGAAUGAUAAUGGAAAUUGGUUAAUAACCGCUUCGAGAGAUCAUUUGCUCAAACUGUUCGAUAUACGCAAUCUAAAGGAAGAGGCCCAGGUCUUUCGUGGCCACAAAAAGGAAGCCAGUUCCGUGUCAUGGCAUCCAAUACAUGAGGGUCUGUUUUGUUCGGGUGGUUCAGAUGGGUCCAUAUUGUUUUGGAAUGUGGGGACCGACAAAGAAAUUGGCUGUGUUGAGACUGCCCAUGACAGCAUUGUCUGGACGUUGGCCUGGCAUCCGUUGGGUCACAUCUUGUGUUCCGGCUCCAAUGAUCACACAAUUAAAUUCUGGACCCGAAAUCGUCCGGGCGAUUUGAUGAGAGACAAAUACAAUUUGAAUACUCUACCUGCCAGUUUAGCUGCCUUGGAUGAUGGCGAAUACGAUGAUGCCAUUAUACCGGGCAUGGGCCCAGAGGACAAGGUAGAAUUCACCGAAAGUCUGACCGCGGAUAAAGGUUUUAUACCCGGUCUCGAUUUGGAUCCAUCGAAGAAUUCAAAUCGUGAAGCGGAAAAGAAGGUGCCCUACAGCAAGCCCAUACCACGUAACUUCCAGGCCCAAUGGGCGGGAACAAGGCGGCCCGACGACAUGGAUGAUGAUGCGUUUAGCGUGCGCGAUCGCAGACAACAGGAUAAGGGUGAUUUGUCACCGCAACAGAUCAGUGAAAAUGCCAUUGAAGGCAUGUUGGCGAGUGGCGUAUUGACCACAAUGGAUCCUCAGGCCAUUGUGGGCAUCUUGGUGUACGGACGUUUCAUACGGGUCCAUCCGGAUUCAAGACUUAUGUUGGCCGUACGCCAGGGACCGGAUUAUCUAAAUAAUUACAUCGAUGCCGGCAAAUUGGAGGAGCUGAGAGACGUUGUACCGGCCAGAGAUCGUUCGAGAUCUAUGUCACCCACGUUGGAGGGUCGCGAGAGUUCACCACCCUCGAAGAAAAGUCGUUUUGAGCCGAGACAACAUAAUCCCCAAGCGGUGUUUGUUAAAGAGUUGUUGAGUCUAAAGAAACCUUUCCUGCCAUGUUUGUUGAAUUUGAAAUCCCAGCCGCCAGCGGAACGUAUGACAGAUUCGCCGCAACCCAAUAACAACAAUAACAAUAGUUUUCAAUCACCAUCACCGGGACCAUGGGCGAAUAACUCGGGUGGUCCCUGGUCCAGUGGGCCAAAUCAAAAUGGCUUUAACAACAACAACAAUAAUAAUAAUGAGAAAAAUAGUGACAUGUUUUCCAAUCCGCAGAACAACUCCAAUAACAAAUCGAAUUCCAAUAAUGGCAACAACCAAAAUAAUUCAAAUAAUAGACGCAAUCGACGUAAUAAUCGUGGUAAUGAUGGCGGAGGUGGUGGUGGUGGUGGCGGCGGCGGCGGAGGUCGCAAUCGUGGCCGUAACAAUCGACGUUUUUAAGAGAACUUCCUCUCCAUCUUCCUGGGAACUAAACGAGAAAAACCCACAGCGCCCACUGCUAUUGAAAAUAGUGAAACAAAUUUUAUAAAAACUAAAAUAAUUUGGUAUUUAAUUUGAAAUCUAAGUACAUAUUAAGCUUUGAAUUAAUUUUUUAAUAACAGCAACAACAACAAUUAAAUCAGUAGAAACCCAUUUUUAUUUCCAUUUAAAUUGCAAUGUAUAUUUCAUUAUUUUGUUGUGUUUUUUUUUUUCUCAUUUUCUUAAAUCAACUGCACGUCAUUAUGAUUGUAAAGAAUUUUAUUUUUAUUAACAAUUUUUUUUAUAGCACAGCAAAAAAAAAACACCUACAUACAUGCCUACCCAACUUCUGCCUAUUCCCUCCACAAUUCCCCUUUCCACAAUUCUUACUUUAUCUUCUCUUUUUGUGUAAUUUUUAAGCUAGAUCUUAUAAAACAAAAAUAUGUCUAAAUAUAAAUAUUAAAACAAAACUUGAAAAAAAAUAAGAAGAGAAAAAACAAAAAACAAACAAACAGAAAAAAUCUCCUGUAAUAACUUUAAAAAAAGAGAGAAGAAGAAAAAAUAAUUAAUAUAAAACAAACUUAAAAUAAGGUACAAAA